CCGAAGGAAAAGUGCCCGGGCCGUCGCAAGUUGGAAACAUGCCAAGCAAUUCAAUUCGCCGCACAGUGGAGAGCUCCCCACCAUACCUAAUUCAACCUCUUCAUUCUUUCCUCUUCCUCUUCCUCUUCCUCCUCUACCUCUACAUCCUCCUAGACCUCCUUGACCUCCUCGACCACAUCUUCCCCCCUGUUUAUCCAUUCUACCAACCAACCUCGACGAAACUCACCAUAUCAAUCGCCCAACAUGCAGAUCUUCGUUCUCACCAUGACCGGUGGAACCCUCACUCUUGACGUUGAAAGGACAGACACCAUCCGUCACGUCAAGGCCCUCAUCAAGGAGAGGGAGGGUAUUGACGCCAUAGAUCAGCGCCUGAUUUACUCAGGAAAGCAGCUCAAGAGUGACAACACCAUCGAGGAGUAUGGCAUCCAGAAGGAGGCCACUCUCCACUUGUGCCUGCGCCAAACGGGUGGCUCGCCCAAUUCUGUCAAGACCCUUACGGGAAAGGGAAAGAUCGUCACCCAAGAGGCUGGGGCUGACAAGGCCGACGCCAUCAAGGCUUCCGAUACGGUUGACGAAAUCAAGGCUUCCGAUACGGUUGACGACUUCAAGAACAACGGCAAGGAGGGCUUCACCAUCCACAAGUAUCAGGACAGGGAGGGCUUCCACUUCUACGAGCAGCUCAUCUUCGCCGCACAGCAGUUUCAGAACGACCACGAGGUCUCUGCCCCCAGGGUUCAGAAGGGCUCCACCCACAACCCCGACCUCUAAUUACGACAUUACGAAGGAGUCCACUGUCUGUUCUGUUCUUCGCCUGCGAGAAGGACAGUAAAUGGUCGGGUUGGCUAUGCUGGGAUGAUUUGAUGGGUGUUUUUAUUUUCAUUUGUUUUGUUCGGUAGUCUUUUUUCUGUCGGUUUCAAUCUCUUCUAAGGUACUAGCUUCGGUCACUUGCGAAAUACCUAACUGUUUUAAUUCCUGGGUGUUGUUUUUUUUCUUCUUUUCUACAGACUGGAC